GUGGGUUUGCCUAAAGCUGCUGUUGGCAGCCGGCUUGGAUUGCUGAAGCAACAAUUGGGCCCCAGAGCCAGAGGAGGGGACCGGCGCAGCGGUUUGCUUCAGGCCAGACACUGAUCACCGCUCAACAAAAGACCAAAAAGUGGAAGGAUUGGAAACUGUGCCUGUGAUCUGCAGCUCCGCGGCCCGAAUGGCCGCCUCAUCAGUACAUGUCUGCACUCCAUGGCCGUUGCUGCCCUCUGCCCCCCCCGCCCUGGGAGUCUCUGUCGGACUGCUCUGCUCAGCGUGACGGAGGACCACCAGCGGGAUGAAGAUGGAUCCAACUGGAUUUGUGUUUUCUCUUCUGUGUGACUAGUUGAAGGGACUCCCACCUUCAUUCAUCAGACUGCAGAGCAAACAGAUGCAGAAGUAAACAUCAACAGCUUAUUUAAACCGACUUUCUCAGCAAAGAUCUUGCUGAGUGUUGACUCUUUUUGUUCUGGUUAUGAGUUGUUCAUCUCCAACCAAUGAGCCAGAGAGCUGCAGCAGCGAGGAGAGCAGCUGCACCACCUCCUCCAUUACUACCUCUGACCCGUCCUCUAUGUCUGGACAGACUGACCCCCUAAAUGAGGCCCAACAUAAAGCUCCCCCGCCGCCUCCCCUCCCUCCCCCACCUCCUCCCCCUCUGGCAACGACGCCCGCCAACCACAACCCAAGGAAAAAGCGCCGUGUGCGCAGCUUCUUCUGGAAGCCCAUCCCAGAGGAGAAGGUACGGGGGAAGCCGAACAUCUGGACUCUGGCGGUGCGGCAGCAGCAGUACCAAAUCGACGUUCGCUCUGUUGAGGAGCUGUUCGGGCAGCAGGAAGACACAGCCUUUUUACGAGGCACAACGGCAACAACUGGAACCUCGACUCGUAUAUCGAGGUCCCGCUCCUUUAAGGACAACAGCAGGAAUGAGGUCAGCAUCCUUGACUCCAAAAGAGGAAUGAAUGUGGGCAUUUUCCUCAAGCAAUUUAAGAAGUCAAACCGCUCCAUUGUUGAAGACAUCCGAUGUGGAGAGGGGAAGAUUUAUGGAGCUGAGCUGCUCAAAGACCUGCUGAAGCUCCUGCCUGACGCAGAGGAGAUCAAGAAACUGCAAACUUUUAAAGGAGACCCAGACAAGCUGACACUGGUUGAUUCCUUUAUGUACCUCCUGAUCCAGGUGCCACGGUUUGAAGUUCGGAUCGAGGCCAUGGUUCUCCGUGAGGAGUUCUUACCUGGCAGUGCUGCAAUGAGUCAUGACAUCGAUGUCAUCAGAGCCGCUACUGAAGAGCUGAUGAACUGUGAGGAGCUUCAUGCCAUCCUUCAUCUGGUCCUGCAGGCUGGAAACAUCAUGAACGCUGGUGGCUACGCAGAAAAUGCAGUUGGAUUUAAGCUUUCGUCUCUUCUCUCAUUGGCCGACACUAAGGCCAACAAGCCAGGAAUGAACCUGCUGCAUUUUGUUGCCAUGGAGGCGAAGAAGAAGGAUGAAAAGCUGCUAAAGUUUCCAGAGAAUCUGCAGCAUGUACAGAGUGCAGCCAGAAUUUCAGUUGAAAACAUUGAGCUGGAGUUUUCCUCCUUAUACGUCCGGAUCAAAUCCCUGGAAGAGAAAAUUCAAGGAGAAGAGCAGCUCCAGCUGCAGCUGGAGCCCUUUCUGCAGAGCUCAGCGCAGACGCUGCAGGACUUAAAGAGGCGCAGGCUGGAACUGCGAAAAGAGGGCAACACUCUCAUCGAUUUCUUUUGUGAAGACAAGGACACCUUCAAGCUGGAUGAGUGUUUCCGGAUUUUUCAAGACUUCUGCAUUAAAUUCAACAAAGCUGUAAAGGACAACAGGGAGCGUGAGCUGAAGGAAGCAGCCAGACUGCGGCGGCUCAGGGAGCUGGAGGAGAAGCGCUUUGCGUGGGCCGCUGAGGAUCACAGCAGCGUCUUCGGCCGCAGCAGCAGCGAGAGCGACGUAGAAAUGCUCACCAAGGAAGGCCUGCUGGACUUCUUCCAGAAAAGAUCCCAGAGUCCAAACAGUCCUCUAGGACGCUCUGCCAGCGCCCGCCGCCACCGUCACACUGUGACCUCCGUAGUAGACCGUGAGCUCCAGGGUUACCUGGAGCUGUUUGGAGGCGCUGGGAACCCCACCAACUACUCCAGGUUCUACAGCCUGCCUCGGCCCGGCCGGCCUCUCCACAGGAACGGCGUGCCGUGGAUUCUUGGUCAGGAUGACAGCAGAGAGGCGACGUCUCCACAUGCAGAAACGGAGCCCGUCAGCUCUCUGGCCAGCUUCUCCUCCUCUUGCAUGAACGACAAUGAAGUCGUCAACGACAACAAUAAUUACUCGUCUGUUUCAGAGAGCAGCGCUUUGCCUCGACCCUUCUGUGUCUUUCAGAAGCCCACCCGCCUUCCCAACCCGGCUAUUUCUGGCCUCAUGAAUGUUAGCGUGGACAAGCACACUUUAGUUCAAGCUCCUCAAAGUUUUGACCUGCAGAGCCCAAACAACAACAGCGACCAAAAGCACUUUGUCAGCCAUGGCGACGUUGUCGUAACUGAACUCGAACAGGAGGCAGAAUGUUCUCCCAGACAUCAGGACAGAUUCAUGUUUGAUGAGGUUUCAGAGAAAAGAGCUGAUCCAAAGGCAGGGGAAGGUAAAGACGAGGCAGGAGCUUCCUCUGAGAGGGAGAAAGACGACAAGGACUGCAGCACAGUUUCAUCCACAACCUGUGAUACUCCCCUCCCUCUGGACACCUCUGUGUCCAACAAGAAGCCCAUGUUUUACAUAAUAGACUGCACCGAAACAGACUGCUCUGUGGUGCUGGAUUACUCCGAGGCUGAAAGCUCAUCGCUCACCAAAGAAGGUCUUCAGUUUGUUCCUCAGUGGAGCAAAGAUCUGGAAAGCCAGCAAGGUCCAAAUUCCUCCUGCAACGACCAGUAUGUCUCAACCAGUGAGCUCUCAGCGCCCAAAUCUGCCGACGCAACAUCUGUGGCUGCAUCUGCCACCACAGAGGACUGGGACACAGAAAGCUGCGACACAGCAGAGGGGAAACAGGCUGCAGAGAAGGACCAGAGAGCAGGCAGAAAACCGCUGAACUCAAAGGGCAACAAAGUGUCAAAGGGUAGCGGGGGUCGAGGGGUUCGGACUCUGACCAGCGCCGAGAGCCAGGGAGUCCGGAAAGUUGUCCCCAUCAGCAGGGUGAACAGGUCGGGCAGCAGCAGGAGGACAGACAGACCUUUGGUCCAAGACGGCGGAGAGGCACACCGACACCUCCGUGACCAAAGCACCCCUGCAAGAGGAAGAGCCGAGAAGACAGCAAGGCCACCUCGACACUCAAGUGUUCCUCCUGAUGACUCCAAGGUCCAGAGGGGGGGUGAUCUUACGGGGGGCGUGUCUAGGUGGGCGCGAGAUUCAACGCCGAGGAAAUCUUCCCUCCACAAGCCGAGCGCCAAACCCCUCAGAAACAUCCCAAAGCCCGUACACGAGGAGAAGAUGUGCCGCUCCACCAUGAGGGCCCUGGCUCAGGCUCAGGCUGGAGCCCAUGGGGGGCCUUCCUCCGAGAACAGCAGCUCAGAACCGCAAAGCGCUAAGAACUCCUCUAACGUCCCCAGCUUUGCCCGAAACACUGUAGCUUCAUCUUCCAGGACCAAGAGGGAUCUGGGUCCUCCCUCCAUCCCUACCACUCCGUCCCGCAGUCCUUCGCUCCGGGGACACCGCACUCCCACCAAGCAGAACCGAGCCUCACCGACACCUCAGAGCAAUGAAGAAAAGCCUCCAGGGACACAUCUGCGGCGGGUGCACAGCGUCAAGGCGGCCAGCCGCAGCGCCUGUCGCAGCGAGACCCCGCCUCCAACAUCAACAAGGGGGAGGAUUCGGAAGACCAGCAGCUUUUCUGAAAAGUCUGUGCAGCUCAGAGACUCGUUGCUGUCUGGCAAAGCCACAAAGCCAAGCUGGAAGUGAAACCAGACCUGAUGCAACCUGACUGCAGUCACAGACGACCUCUCCAUUUAGAAUAGAGUGAUAUUUACUCACCUUACCAAUCCACAGUGGAGAGGAAUCCUCUCCAACAUGCAACAGACCUGAAGCUGAAAUCCAUAUUUUGCUGUUUCACCCUCUGAGGUUACUUCUGUAGUUGACAAGUGCAAAGAGCAAGAUGCAAUGAACCUCUUAAUUUUUGUCAUGUUUCUUUAGAAAAUUACUUUUGUUGUUCCGCUAACAUGACAAGUGGUAAAUUGGUGAUCUUACACAGAAGCCUUAUUGCCUGCUUAGCUGUUAAUCUGCAGAACCCUGUAUGCUACUGUCUGUUACGAUGUUAAUGUUUAAAAAAAAAUACUGACUCACUACCAUAAUGCUGCUAAUUAGCUCUGAUUGUUCCCUUUUUUUUAUUUCAGGGUUUCAGAAUCUGGUAAAUCUUGCCGCUGUCACUGUGCCUUGAAAAAGUAUUGACAACCUGAGAACUUUUUCACAUCUUCUCAAGUUACAACAUAAAAAAAUGAAUACAAUAGGUUUAAUAUGUACUUUAUGUGAUUGGAAGAUAACAAUGAGUAUUGCACACAUUGGCAAUGGCAGGACUGCACAAUGUGAGGAAAUAAUGUUAUGCAAUAUGCUCAAUAUUUCAGGUAUAAUAUUGUUUAAAUCCUCAUUUUUCUUAGUUUCCUGUUUCUCUGUGGUUAUUGCGAUGCUUCAUCAGGGCGUCUGAUCUGAGUCAUGCAGGCCAGUAAAUAUCCAGCCAACAGGCUGCAUGUAUAAUUGGCAGAUUGAUGGAAUUCACGUUUAUAAUUCACUCUGGGAUUUCUGAAGGUUUUUAUUUGGGAACAUCAAAGUAAACAGGGUUCAAUACAAAUGCUCUCCACAGUUUUCAGGUUUUUAUUCCUUGUGUCCCUUUCCUCCGCCUUCACAAUGAUGUGCAGCCUUGCCUUUGUAUUGGUCUAUCACAUAAAAUGCCAAAUGAAUACGCACACGUUUGUAGUUGUAAUACAAGAAAUCAUUCAAAACGUUGAGCGCUGUUCAUGCUUCUGCCAGGCAUUGUGUGUGUUUUCGUUUUGUCUGGUCCUCCAACUGUUUCCUUUGCUCAAAACCUCAGACAGAUCGCUGUGGCCUUGUAAUCACAUGAGAAGGACUCAUUGAUUUUUAUGUGCUGACAACAUGGACAUAAUCUGAUCAGUUAAAGUCCAUGGCAUUCUCAAGUUAGAACAACAUGUAAAUUCACAAAUAAAAUACCACUGUACACAAACUGCUUUUGGUACCUUUUCUAUUUAAGCGUCAAUCAUUUGUAAGUGCAUGAAGUCACUGUGGACUUCAGAAAUGUUCAAAUUUUGAAAAGACAUGAUAAAUAUUGAUGAUGUAAAAUAAAAAUGUUGAGUGAAUUUAAAUAAUACUGAAAACAUGGCCAGUGAUCCCUUCAUAAUAUUGAAUAGCGCUACGAAAAGAUUUUUGUCUCAUUAAGAUUGAUCUUGUUUUUGCUCUUCACAGAUAACUAUGUAAAUAUGAUCUGAGGAUUUAGGAGGGUUAGAUUAUCUCACUCAGGAUGUUUUUUGGCAGGUGGCUCUUUGUGGGGGUUUUUGGUCAUUUAACUUGAACAUUUCUGCUUGACACCGGUUUUGUUUCUUAUUAUCGAAUCAUGAACUUUGACCUUACCUGAGGCAAGUGAAGCCUGCACAACCUGAGAUGUUCUAUGAUGGUUUGUGACCUCUUGGAGGAGUCCAUAUAUUGUGUCUGGAGACUCUCCCUGUGGUUCAUCUUCAAACUGCUUAGUGACUCUUUCUAGACUCAUGAAUCAACAGCAUGUCUCAAAUUUCUCAGUUCUUUUCAAUCGUGGCAUAAAAUUGUUUAAUGAAAACAUUUAAACUCCGUUUUGUUGGAUUUGAUCUAUAUGUUUGUUGACGCUACUAGUUUGUUGACCAGUAGUACCAGGUUUUCAAAGAUGUUCAUUAACAGUUAACAAUU